AAAUAAAUUAGUUAUAUAAGUAAUAAUAUUUUACGAUAAACAAUAUAACUAUAAUUUCAUUUUAUAAAACAUUUCUGAUUAAGUUGAAAAAGUUAUAUAAAUUAUUUAAUACGUGUGUUAAUCAAAAUAUAUAAUACUGGCGCAAAUAAAAAGUAUUAUUUGGACCGCUGUCACAGCGGUCACAAUACUGGUGCUCUGGUCAUCAACAAUAGUCAAUGCCGACGAAAAAUGCUAUACCGAUGAAUGUAUAUUAACAGCUGGCUACCUGUCCAGUUCAAUGGACUUUAAUGUAAAUCCAUGCAAUGAUUUCUAUCAGUUUGCAUGUGGUAAAUGGCAACAGGAUCAUCCAUUUCCUAAAUAUGAAAACGGUUGGAACUCAUUCAAAAAGCUCAUGUAUGCCAUGAGGACUGACAUGAGAAAAAUAUUAGACAAUCAACCAAUUGAAGGCAUUUCACAGAUUAAGCCUAAAGCAAUGCAAAACAUAUACAAAUUUUAUAAAUCAUGCAUUAAUUCAGCUGAACGCGAUGCUCAUGGUUUUACAUCAUUGAUCAAGGUGAUUGAAUCAAUUGGUGGAUGGCCAAGUGCUGAUGUUAAUUGGCGUGAGAGCCAAUUAAAUGUACAGGAUGCAUUUAUCAAAUUGAUCAUGCUUAAUCUUAUGGAAGGGGCUUCAAACUUACCGCUUAUUGACAUUCAAGUGGUUAAAGAUUUUAAAAACACGUCAAACAAUAUUGUUUAUAUUGGACCAAUUUAUUCAUCAUCAGAUAGCUCUGAGCUAUACACCAGUACUAUAUAUCCAUCAAUAAAACUUAACAAAAACAAUCACAAAACUUCACAACAAUUUAAUUAUUUAGAAAUUCACAAAUUGAAUGACAUUAAUAGUAAUGCCGACGAUAGGAUUAUCAAACAAAUUAAAUAUAUUUAUGGCGAUAAACACCCGAUCAAUGAGACAACAAUAUCUGCAGAUAACACAGCUAUCGGACAAUUGGUGGCCACUCUUAGCAAAGAAAAAUCGCCGCCAAAAGCUAUUGACUACUGGCUUCAAAACUAUACACAAAUUGUUUAUACUGUCGAUGAAUUACAUUUGAUAUCUAGUUAUUUGAAUUAUGAAACAAUUGUACGACAAUUGGUGCCCAGUAUUAGAUACGACGAUAAAGUUAUUAUACCUGAUAUAAAUUUUGCGCAAAAAUUUGCACAGAUUUUGAUUGAAACUGAUAAACGAACUGUAUCUAAUUUAUUUACACUGAGCUUGGUCAAUUAUCUUAUUGAAUAUACAACUACCGGAGCCAUAAAUGAGUUUACUGAUGAAAAAUUGGAUUCACCAGAAAUUUUGCCUAAUAUUUGUUAUGAAACACUUGAGAACCUAAUGCCCGAUCUAUUGGGUCGACUAUAUAUUAGCAAACUUUAUGAGAACCGUUCGCAUAGCGAUAUGACACAAGUUAUCGAUAAAAUACAUAAGUCUUUCAUCGAUACAGUCGGUCAAACACAAUGGAUGGAUAGUUAUACACGAAAUGAGGCCAUACUUAAGGCUACCGAUAUAUCCCAUCACAUCGCUUAUCCUAAUUGGACAAUGAAUGACUAUCUCAUUGAUCCGUACUAUAAAAAGUACAGCAAUAUAUCAAUUGACAAUUUCUUUUCAUCGGUGAUCAGUCUAUUAGAUGGCAAACAGAGACAAACUUUUGAUGACAUUCAUGGCAUAGGAUAUUCGGUAUCACAGCCUAUUAUACCAGACUACUGGCCAUCUAACAGUGCAACUAAAGUGGGAGCAUUUUAUCAUUUUCAAAAUAAUGCCAUUUAUUUUCCAGCUGGUAUUGCCCAAUAUCCAUUUUAUUUAUUAGAUAGACCAAUGACAAUGAAUCUAGGUUCAAUUGGAAUGAUAAUUGCACAUGAAAUGACACAUGCACUUGAUAUUCAAGGAAGUUAUUAUAAUUAUAAGGGAGACUUAAAAAAUUGGUGGACAGACACAUCACGUAAUAUGUUUGAAGAUAAAACUAAAUGUUUUAUUAAACAAUAUAAUUCAUUUAAAUACCCGGAUUUGAAUAUGACGGUUAAUGGAGAGCUGACAUUAAACGAAAAUAUUGCCGAUAAUGGAGGCAUUCGUAUAGCAUAUAAAGCACUCAAACACUAUCAACGAAUCCGACCAGAUAGUCAUAAAUUUAAAUCAUUGCCCGGUGCUCUCAAUGUCUACAACGAGGAUCAGUUAUUUUUCAUAUCAUUUGCUAAUAUGUGGUGUUCAAACAUAUUGCCCGAUGCUCUGAAAGAUAGCCUAAAUAGGGAUAAGCAUUCACCAGAACCGGUACGUGUGAACGGAUCACUCGCCAACUUUGAAGAGUUUGCACAGACAUUCAAUUGUAAGUCAACUGACAAAAUGUCGAGACAGCCAAUGGACAGAUGUCUGGUCUGGUAAUUCAUAUUCAAGUCAACUGUGCAUUACAUAUACAGUACA